AUGGAACUUAUCGCUGGUCAUGUAUUAUUUAGGCACGGGGAUCGAACACCUAUCAGAACAUUUCCAACAGAUCCAACACAAGAAAAAGAUUGGCCUAAUGGUUUUGGUCAAUUAACAAUUGCUGGUAUUCAACAACAUUAUCGUCUGGGGAAAUAUCUUCGUAAUCGUUAUGAAUCAAUCCUUAAUACAAAUUAUGUUGCUAGUGAGAUUUAUGUUCGUUCAACUGAUUAUGAUCGAACAUUAAUGUCAGCUCAAUCAAAUCUUGCUGGUCUUUAUCCAUUGUACAAUAUUACAGAUGAUAAAAUUCCAAUUCAACCUAUUCCAAUUCAUACUGUAUUAGAAAAGGAAGAUUUUUUACUCGGUGUUAGUGAUUGUCCCAGAUAUAAUCAAGUUGAAAACGAUACUUAUCAAAGUGAUGAAUUUAAAAAUAUGAAUAUAUAUUAUGAGCCUUUUUUUAAAAAACUUGAAAUAUGGACAAAUAUACCUAAUAUUAGUAUGUAUAAUGGUUGGGAUAUUGCUGAUACAAUUUUUGUUGAACAUAUUUACAAUAAGACACCAACAUGGGCUGAUGAAAAUGUUCGACAAAAUUUAACUGCUCUUAGUGAUAUGUCAUAUCAUUUUCUUUAUUUAAGUAAUGAUAGUAAACGAAUACGAGGAGGUCCAUUGGUACAGGAUAUUUGGAUGAAUAUGAAUAGUUCAAGUCAUGGAGAUACAUAUCGAAAAGUUAAAAUGUAUUCAGCUCACGAUACAACAGUUAGUGGAGCUCUUGCUUUUCUUGGUAUUAAUUAUCCACAUCAACCACAAUAUGCAUCAGCAUUAUUUCUUGAUCUUUAUAAACAAAAUUCAACAUAUUAUAUUAAAGUAGAAUAUUUAAAUGUAACAGAUUCAAAUAAACCUUAUCCAUAUCUAUUAAAUGGUUGUCCAGCAUUAGAAUGUCCGUUAGAUACAUUUACGGCUAUAUAUAAAGAUCGUUUUCCAGCAAGUCCUGAAGUUGAAUGUGCAACAAAAGUUCCACCUACUCCGCCAAAUAAUGGAAAUAAUAAGACGCUGACAAUAAUUUUGAGUAUUUUUGUUUUUGGUCUUGGUAUUAUUAUCAUUUUAAUAUUUGGAUAUUUCUAUUUACGAAGAGCAGAUCGUGAUUUACCUCUUUUAUCAACUGAAUCCUUUACAUGA